AUGUGUCAGAGUUGAAAUCGACAAAGUUGAAAUAAUUUGCCAUGCAUAAAAUGGAUGCCAGUUGGAACCCAGUUUCGAAGUGGCGCAAGACAAAUUUCGGCGGUCCCUAAAUCCACUUUGUCAUGCUGUUUAGGCAAAGCAGAGCGAUUUUCUCAUGCUACUUUAGCAGCUCGAGCUGUAACCCCAAACAGGCUUACAAUCGGCCUCACUUGCCUGCUCUGCAACACACGUGCCUCGGGUCAUGCAUUUUACGCAUUACAAGUUAUUUCAACUUUGUUGAUUUCAACUCUGACACAUCCAUACUCCAUCCUCGGCGGCUGGGCAGGAGCCGCCGGCGCAAAGAAUAGAGAUACCUUACGGAGCACAGACUAUUCCUGGCUGGCUGCUUCAUGUUGACCAAGGACAGUUUCUGAAGCAGUUGGAGCAAAAAGAACACCGGAAACGUUCCUAUGGGGAAUUGCUACUACUACUAUGUGGAGAGCAGAGACGACAGCAGUUGCAGUGCCGCCAACAGCAGUGAUGGAUCAGAAUUAUAAAUCUACUACCGUCUAGCUGUUCUAGCGAGUUUUCAUACUGCCCCCCUGAAAAUAAUCAUUGAUUGAAACGCUAAACCCCACUGCCCAAAGAGAAGAAG